UACAAGAUGGAGCCGCUCAGUACGACUACAUCAACGGACUCGAUGUACCAGUUGCGCUUGGUUACUAUGGCGCCGGCAAGUAACACCGGAACGGCAACUUGCAGCUUCCAACAGCGUCAAUCCAGUGUAUUCGAUGCGCUAGCCGACUUGGAGGCUGCACACAAUCGAGUCACUGAAGCUACUAAAGAAGAGCGUCUAGAGCUUAGCAAAACAACCUGGCGCCACGUAGUGACCGCACCUGAGGACCUUGUGGCCGAGAAAGAACGCCGCAAAGCCGAUUCCCCACACGGAGUUCGGAAACAAACGAGGCAAGUGUUUCGGAGACCCAACGCUCCGCCUCCACCAAGCCGUCGUUCACAAAACCGCACCUACAAUCCCAAGCGUUGGGACCCCUCAAAAUGGACACACUAUAGUCUAGCAGAUGUAGAUGAAGACGGAUCGGUGGAGAAUGCGUCUGGGGAUCCAAACUUUGCAAUUGCAUCCGCAUUCCUGGCUGAACUGAGGGAUCGUAAUGCCGACCAGGAAAUCGCUGAACUCCCAAAUGACCCUCGACACCAUCGUAUACUGUUUCGUCCUACCCGUGGGACUAAACGCCAGCGAUGUGAAGCUGAUAAGGAUGUUAGCAGCAGUGGCCCAACACCCAUUGCAGAACAGGAAUGUAAAGAUGAAGACAGCGUUGCUUCCGAUGUUGACCGACUUGAUCCCGCACCUGGUGCUCAGACUUCCUCGAAUGCUGUCUUCUUUCAACGCCGGCGACAACGCCAGCUUCGCUCCCGUACUCCCGAAAACCCAGACAGUCCUCCAAGUUCCUGGGAUGUUCAAUUGUUGACGGAAGAAUCAUCCAGUCCACACCAAUCCAGUUCAUCCGAAGAAGAUAUUGAGCACGAUGGUGUGAUGGACCACCACCUUGCCUAGCAACAACGCUGUCUUAUUUCUUACAACAUGCUUUAAACAUGUUUAUACGCCAUGAUUUUUAUUCUGCUUUCGUGGCACUGUGCAUUCAACUCUCAAAUACACAGUAAAACACCUUAAAAAAUUAAACAAGGAGUCGCAAAUGUCAUUAAUAGUGGAUCCCAGUUCCAGAGGCUUUUUCUAGUAAUCCGUCUUGCGCAACACAGGACACAACCCGGGUUUCCAGGACAUCUUUUGGAUAGGUCUAGGUUGAAAAUUUUCAGUGAAUCUUUCGUCUUGUAACCGAG